AUGGCUCCAGUUCUCCCACCCACUGGCAUCGAGCCGGUCGACCAGUACGGCGUGGACGGCCUCAGUGUUUGUCGAACAGAGGACAAGAAAUCCCUCAUUUUUUACCCUGCGACUUAUAGACCUCAGAACGACCCAGAAUAUGAGGAUCCGAACGGGUCUGCGCAUGCGUGGCAAAACCAGGAAGAGGCGAUGGAACAGCUAGGUUGGCUGAAGAAGAUCCAUGAGAUUAUUGGGGCGAGUGAUCCAACCUCGCAUCCACAUGUACAGAGGCUCUUGGAAACUCAAACCGGAACCGGAUUUCCCAUCGUUGAAUUCGUCGAUAAAGGUGAUUUGUAUAGCUUUCUGCGCACAAAUCCUAAGCCUGUAGUCCCAUCUGGCAAGGGAUCCGAGAAUCCCUUAACACUUAAACUUCGCUGGGCACUAAACAUCGCUUCAGCCCUGGCCUUCUUACACACUAAAAACAUUGUAUUUGAAGGGCUCUCUCCAAAUACCAUCCGCCUACGGUCUGACCUCUCAGCCGCUCUUGUCGAUCUAGACGCCGCAGCCUACAAAGAGCAGACGGGCAGCGACGGCAUGGCAGACGGCUACCGAUGUCCAGACUGGGUUGAAGCGCCUCUUGCCGACCAGGCUGAAACCUGGAUCACACCUUCGCAAGAUAUCUAUGCGUUUGGAUCGUUGAUGUAUUACUUAUUAGUAGAGGAAGACCCUGAACCGUGGAAGGAUGAGGAGGACAUGCCGGAGCUUGAGGAGAAUGAUCUGGAUGAGAUUAUUAGGAAGUGCUGGGUAAGAGAGUUUGGCAGCAUGGCUGAGGUUGUGAAAGCUGUGAAGAUGAUUGUGGCGCAGGAGGGGUUAGAGUUGAGUGGGGGAGGAUGA